AUGCUGCAGAGGCCAUCAACUGCUUAAAUGCAGCUAUCGAUAUCUACACCGACAUGGGGCGGUUCACCAUCGCUGCCAAGCACCACAUCACCAUUGCCGAGAUCUAUGAGGCCGAGCUGGUGGACAUUGAGAAGGCCAUCGCGCACUACGAGCAGGCUGCCGACUACUACAAGGGCGAGGAGUCCAACAGCUCAGCCAACAAGUGUCUGCUGAAGGUGGCUGCCUACGCCGCGCAGCUGGAGCAGUACCAGAAGGCGAUAGAAAUCUACGAGCAGGUCGGAACAAACACGAUGGAUAAUCCUUUGCUCAAGUACAGCGCGAAAGAGUAUUUCUUCAAAGCCACUCUGUGCCACUUCAUCGUGGAUGAGCUGAACGCGAAGCUGGCGCUGGAGAAGUACGAGGAAAUGUUCCCAGCGUUCACAGACUCACGGGAGUGCAAGCUGUUGAAAAAACUGCUGGAAGCCCACGAGGAGCAGAACAGCGAGGCGUACACCGAGGCGGUAAGUACUCAGGAAUUGGCUACGCCGCUCUCGGGGAUG